AAUUAAAUAUUGAACUCUCCACUGGUGCUCUGGAAGCGCCGGUGCGCUGGGAAAAGGAAAAGGAAAUCUCUGGGCGAAGCGAAGGACCCAUGGUCGUGGGCACAUGGUUUCACUCGGAAAAGUGGUCCGAUAGCAUUAUAUUCUUGGGGUUUUUAUCUGUACGGAUCAUCGUUGACGAUGACGGUGCCCAGCUGUCUCUUUCUCCGAGCAUCAAUCGAGGAUGAUGUCGAGCCCAAAAGAUUUGGCUGUCUGAAUAUCACACAUCUGUACGCACAAAACAGCCGAGUAGUGUCCUCUUCAAUCUUUUAUUUAUUAUAUCCAUUUUCCUUCCCCCACAGUCUUCUUCUUCAGUUUCAGUCAGCAGAGAGGUGAAUUUUUGAAACUUUGAGCGAUGUCUAACGUCGACAUUGAGGGUCUCUUGAAAUUGAAGGAAAUCCCGAACGAUGGCCGGAUCCCGAAGACGAAAAUAGUCUGCACUCUUGGUCCGGCGUCUCGAUCUGUGCCUAUGCUUGAGAAGCUGCUGAGAGCGGGAAUGAACGUUGCGAGGUUCAAUUUCUCGCAUGGCACGCAUGAGUAUCAUCAAGAGACCCUAAACAAUCUCAGGAUAGCCAUGCACAACACUCAAAUCUUGUGUGCUGUCAUGCUUGAUACCAAGGGACCUGAGAUUCGAACUGGCUUCCUGAAGGAUGGGAAGCCUAUUCAACUUAAGAAAGGGCAGGAAAUUACGAUCACCACGGACUACACAGUCAAGGGGGACACAGAAAUGAUCUCUAUGAGUUAUAAAAAGCUUGCUGUGGAUUUGAAGCCUGGCAACACCAUCCUCUGUUCGGAUGGAACCAUCACCCUUAAUGUCUUGUCUUGUGACCCUGCUUCAGGAACCGUGAGAUGCUGCUGUGGGAACACUGCUAUGUUAGGUGAGAGAAAGAAUGUCAAUCUACCUGGUGUUGUAGUGGAUCUCCCCACACUUACAGACAAGGAUAAGGAAGACAUAUUGAAAUGGGGUGUGCCAAACAAGAUAGAUAUGAUUGCUCUCUCAUUUGUGCGCAAGGGCUCGGAUCUUGUUAACGUUCGAAAAGUUCUUGGACCGCAUGCCAAGCACAUAAAGUUGAUGUCUAAGGUUGAGAAUCAGGAGGGAGUGAUCAACUUUGAUGAGAUCCUGCGCGAGACAGAUUCCUUCAUGGUUGCUCGUGGUGAUCUUGGGAUGGAAAUUCCUGUGGAGAAGAUUUUCCUUGCUCAGAAGAUGAUGAUCUACAAGUGCAACCUAGUGGGCAAGCCUGUGGUGACUGCCACCCAGAUGCUUGAAUCCAUGAUCAAGUAUCCUCGCCCUACCCGUGCUGAGGCCACUGAUGUUGCCAAUGCAGUCCUGGAUGGCACUGAUUGUGUAAUGCUUAGUGGUGAGAGUGCAGCAGGAGCGUUCCCAGAGCUUGCUGUGAAGAUCAUGGCGAGGAUCUGCAUUGAGGCAGAGUCCUCUCUUGAUUAUGGUGCUAUCUUCAAGCAAAUGAUCAGGUCAGCCCCUCUACCAAUGAGCCCACUGGAGAGUCUUGCCUCCUCAGCAGUGCGAGCAGCAAACAAAGCCAGGACAACCCUUAUUGUUGUAUUGACGCGUGGUGGGACUACAGCAAGGUUAAUAGCAAAGUACAGGCCUGCAGUUCCUAUCCUCUCUGUGGUGGUUCCAGUUCUAACAACAGAUUCAUUUGACUGGAUCUGCAGCGAUGAGAGCCCGGCCAGGCACAGCCUUGUCUACAGGGGCCUGAUUCCACAUCUUGCUGAAGGAUCAGCUAAGGCCACGGAUGCGGAAUCCACGGAGGUGAUCCUGGAAGCUGCCCUCAAGUCGGCAACACAAAAGGGGCUUUGCAAGGUAGGUGAUGCAAUUGUAGCACUACAUCGUAUAGGGGGAGCCUCUGUCAUAAAGAUCUGCACUGUGAAGUGA